AUGGCCGGAAUGGAGAGCCAGAAUUUGGCCACUGAGGCUCAGCAGGUUAGGGUCAACUUUACUUCAUCAGAGCCAGACUUGCAAUUGCCUGAAGGAAAGAGCCAAUUGCUGGUUCCAGGAGAUAUCAAACGAUAUGGCUUGUCCAGGGUCCUGAACUCCGGUUCUAUGCUCAAUACUUCUUCACCUGUUCCUCUCGAUUUCCUCGUCAACGGCACUUUCCUAAGGGGUUCGUUGGAGGACUACCUCAAGGAGAACGGUCUUUCGUUCGAAACGACAGUAACGCUGCAAUACGUACGGAGUUUGAUACCGCCGGUUUACCAAGGAAGUUUCGAACAUGAUGAUUGGAUUACGGGGAUUGAUGUGUUAUCUGGAGGCAAACAACGCCUCCUCACGUCCUCCUACGACGGUCUCUUCCGAGUAUGGAACGCUUCCAACCAGAUAAUUGCUACUUCGCCGUCAAGCAGCAAUGGUGGCCACAGCGCCCCGGUAAAGGCAGCCAACUUCUUGAGCUCCUCUCAAAUUGCAUCGGCUGGCAUGGACCGCACAAUCCGGUUAUGGAAAUAUACCGAAUCGGAUGAUUUCACGGGCCAACUGAAGCCAACUCUCGAGCUGUACGGUCACAAGGGUAGUAUCGAGUCGAUGGACAUCCACACAUCUUCUGGGAGGAUAGUGACCGCCUCGAGUGAUGGCGGAAUCGGUCUGUGGUCUACAUCGAAGUCUUCAGCGCCAGAAGCACCGGCGAGUCUACUUCCCGGGGCUGGCGUAAACGUGUCAAAAAAGCGCAAAAUCGCUUCAUCAGCUCCUCAACGAGGGCCUCUAUCCAUAAUGCAGAUCCACUCAUCGCCGGCAUCAGCAGCGAUAUUCCAUCCUGCGGACUCGACUGUCGCAUACUCCGCAUCCGAGGACCACACAAUCAGAACGAUGGAUUUGACUACGUCGCUGGUCGUAAGCACCCUCACUACCGCGCAUCCGCUCAUGUCGUUGUGCUCGUUACCUGGGAUAAGCAGUGCGCUCCUGGCAGCCGGAACAACAGCGAGGCAUAUCACGCUGGUGGACCCCCGCGCAUCGGCAACGAAGACGUCCGUCAUGACAUUGCGAGGACACAAGAACACCGUUACCUCGAUUUCUGCGUCGCCGGAAAAUAACUAUUCCCUUGUCUCCGGCUCGUACGACGGCACCUGCCGUAUUUGGGACUUGAGAAGCGUGCGCGCAGGAUCCAAGGCAGAGGGCGGUGGUAGCGUGAGCGAUGCAGUGUACGUAAUUGAGAGAGAGAGCCAAAGAGGCAAGAAAAGGGGCGAUGUGCCCGGCCGUGGCUGCAAAGUCUUCGGUGUCGUCUGGGAUAAGCAAUGGGGUAUUGUGAGUGGAGGUGAGGACAAACAGGUGCAGAUCAACCGGGGAAGUGGUUUGCUUGCAAACUAA